AUGUUGGAGAAGAUAGGGUUGCCGGCAAAGCCAUCACUGAGAGGGAAUACUUGGGUUGUUGACGCCUCACACAGUCAGGGAUGUACUUCUCAGUUCACCUUCAUCAAUCGCAAGCAUCAUUGCCGGAGGCGUGGGGGCUUGUUUUGCAACAGCUGCACCCGGCAAAAAAUGUUUUUACGCGGGCAAGGUGAUUCACCUGUGCGGAUUUGUGAGCCUUGUGAAAAGCUAGAAGAAGCAGCACGCUUUGAGGGACAUGGCCACAAGACUAGAGCUGGGAGAGGCAGUUUGAAGUUGACAUCAAAGCCUGAGGAUGAAGUUCUGAACCAAAUUCUCGGUAAUGAUAGGAAGGAAUCAGGACAAGAGCCUAACAGUAAUGUGGUUGCUAGUAUUUAGAGGGCCAGUAGUAGUGCAUCUGUUCAAAUAGUCAACAAGAUUUCAGCCACCAUGGGGUGGAAGAAAUACAAAGAAAUCUUUCUGUUGAUGAGCCUAAUCAUUUACAGAGUGGUGAUGGAUCUGCUUAUCCCGAGGAGUUGCGUCAGCAAGCUUUGGAUGAGAAGAAGUAUAAAAUUCUGAAAGGAGAAGGAAGGCCUGCGGAAGCAUUAAGAGCGUUUAAGAGAGGGAAGGAGCUUGAGAGGCUGGCGGUAUAGAAGAGCAUGCCACUGAAAUUGCAUCAAAGUUAAACUGGUGGUACAUCUCUGUUAACAUGCCAACUAUUAUAAUUAGCAUUGUCGCACACGAAAUGACAUAGCAAGACAUUUCAACUGGUGUAAUCAAGGAACUAAAGCAUAGUAAGACUAAACUUUACCAUAGUUCUUGUUUAAUAAUUCAAAAGUUUAAAAUCCCACUACAAUUUCCAAGUACAACAUCUCCUGUCUCAGAAGUAAACAAAAAUGGCCGCGGAAAAAAAUUAAAUCAUUUCAAUGUUGAAAGUAUAAGUUUUGCAUCUUAUACCAAAUGGGUUCAAUUUGCAAUCGGCUAAACAAUGAAACAUCAAAUGAAGACUAGUAGUACAUGCGUAUGCCACUGAAAUUCACUUGCCCUAUAUGGCCAUAGGUAAAAUAUAAAGCCAAAGGGAAAACUGAAUUCAGAAUUAGACACCAACAAAUUAGCUCCUCCUUUUAAGUUUAUGAGUGCCAUUUUUCGAAGACCUCCAAUCAUAGGCUCACCAAUACUUGAACCUACUUUUGCAACUAACCAU